ACACUGGAAGAGAGCGGUGUUGAAGCCUCCAGUGGUACUAACAAGCAGGUCAGUGUCCACGUCCUCGACACUAGUGAUGCCAUGAGUGGCCAAUUUUCUGUUCAUUCUGUUCUAUCCCUUCAGAUUACACUGAAUCAACUUGCACUGCUGUGUUUAUGGGCUCUGGCACGUCUCCUCAAUGGACUCGCCUCCAACGAAUCACGAUGCAAGGAGGCUUCUCCCACGUCAACUUCCGUGGAAUUUACUCUCAAUCGCCUCCUAACACCUCACAUCACCAGGAAACUGUUAGAUCUGGCCCAGACAACUAAAGCACCAGAGCCAGUGGCAAAUAUUGGCAUCCUUCUGGCGUCGCCCUUCCUGUUGCCCACUUCAGAUAGUGGACGAACACUGCGACAGUUGGCCAAACUACUGACAACGAAUAGUGCGACGCCGUGCUUCAUUUGGGAUAAUCAGUGUAGGGCACAGUUGAGUGGAUUUUUGGACGAACAGGUCUCGCAUUUAGUGAAAAGGGGCGAGGUUGAUUUAGACGCGGUGAAGACCUUUGAACACAAAACCUUCCAAGGUGAACUUUUGGUCGGUGAAAUCUUUGUCCGAAUCUUCAAUAAACAACCCACCUUUCCACUAGACAACCCAAAGAGUUUUGUCAUUGAUCUGUUGAAUUAUCUCAAAGUGGAACUGGCCUUACUUCCAAAAACUUCUGAUGGUCUUCCAACCACCACCAGACGCGUCGCCCAUCUCGAAUCUGCACUGGAAGCUCUCUGCAACGUUGUCCGCAGCUAUACUGGUGUUGAACUGCAGUGCAUUGGUCACUUUGGCAUCCUCUUCGGUAUUCUCGAACUUAAUGGUUAUACCGACCUCAAACUGCGAUCCAUUGAAGUUCUCCAUACUGUGGCGAAGAAUUCGGAGUGCCUGAAUGAUAUCUACGCAUCAAAUCUCCUUGUUAUAGCUGUUAUUCUCUUUCGCGCUCUACCUAUUGCGCAUCUGCCGUUGUUGGACUUCUUUGCUCACGUAGUCUCAUUGAACUCGUUGUUAAAGGAACUCGUGUAUGCUGGAGGGUUGAUCUACCUCCUAGAGGCAAUAGCAACUUCAGAGGUGCCAGAGGUCCGACGUGGAUCAGCAGAAUUGCUUAGUCGAUGUCUGGCCAAUCCUCAAUUGGGGCGACGAAUUCAGGCACUAUUGGGCCAGUUUCUACCCUCCAUAUUCCCCGAAACUAUCCGAGGUUCACCGGAACAGUUUGUUACACUCUAUGAUUCGGAUCAUUUCAAUCCGGAAUUGAUUUGGAAUCAGGAUUGUCGAGAACACCUAAUCGAGGCCAUCACCGACAUGUGCAACCGAUUCAACCGCCAACAGGAGAAGAACCACGCUCUCAAGUGGUCCCUUCCCGACGCCUACGCCGUCUCUUAUGCCAGUGCCAUAACUGCUGCGCUCCGCGCUCAUAAACUCAUUGAUAGGGAGGGUGUUGAAACAGGAGGGUUCCCUUCUGACUCUUUGGAGGUCGUCUGUGUGGGAGGUGUUUACCUCCAGCUCUACGUCUCCCAAGCAGCAGGCCGCUGGAUGCUACGUCAACCGGAGGCCUUUUUGGAG